AUGUCUCAUUUAAUUAUCCAAAAUGUUCGACAACGCCAUGCAAGUGAGAAUACCAUCUACCAUGCAUUAUACGGUUAUUAUUUUUUGGGAGUGGCAAGAAAAGAUGUCGCUAGAAUUUACGGGAAAUCACUGUCUACCAUAUGUGAAUGGAUCAACGGAUACGAAACAAACGGAUUUUUCCAAAGAAAGAAACGUGAGCAGGUAUACAAGAAAUUCGGGAUCCAUAUGCGGCAAUGGUUAGUUGACUUACAUUCCAAAGAACCAGUAUUAUUCCUAGACGAAGCCAAGGUUAGGUUCCAGUUACAUUUUUUUACUACAAUAAGUGUUUCGUCUAUCUGUGCAAUACUUCAUGAAUCGGGACUCUCUUGGAAAACCAUCGAACGGAGAGCAAUUCAAAUUCGCGAAGAUGAAAUAGUGCGGUUCACUAGAGAAAUGCUAUCAAUUCCGUGGGAUCUCUUCAACCUCGUAUUCCUUGAUGAAGUGAGUUUUAACAACAAGGACAUGUUAAGACGCAAGGGAUAUGGAGUAGUUGGACAUAAAGUUAUAUAUAGAGGGGAAUUCUGCAGAAAACCGAGGGUUUCAUUGUUGUGCUGUUUGGGUAUGAAUGGUAUGAUUGAAAGCUUUCAUACUGAAGGAACUUUCAACCGGAAAACUUUUUUCAACUGCUGCAAGAGCUUCGCUUUAGUACAUCCCCAAGUGCAACGGUAUCCGGGAUUUAAUUCUGUUUGUAUCAUGGAUGGGGCAAGAAUUCACUGCGAUCCAAAUAUAGUACGUUACCUGAGAUCGAUUGGAAUUAUUCCAAUUUUCCUUCCGGCUUAUUGCCCUUUUUUUAAUCCCAUCGAAAUUGUAUUUGGACUCAUGAAAAGGGAUUUCAAAAGGCACCAUGUUGAACAUAAGCCUGCUUUACCCGAGGUUUGUGAAACGUUGAACCGCUUUAAAGCAUAUUCCUGCGUCAACCUGUUCAACCAUUGCGGAUAUUUUGCGGGAGGUACUUUCCUACCUGAAGAAGGCCUUUCUCAGGAUCCCAAAUACAUGGAUUUGCAUAUUGUUCCUAAAUAA